UAUGCAUAGUCAUCGAAAUCUUUCCAAGAUGAGAACUGGACAAAUUUGGAUGGAUAAUGUCAAAUGUAACGGAAGUGAACAAUCGAUAUUUGAUUGUAUCGGAAAUCCAUUUGGAAUCAAUGACUGCGUGCACAAGGAAGAUGUGUGGAUUACUUGUCAGCCAGGUUGCGGGUUUCAAUUUUUCCCAAUACUAGAAAGAAGUUAUCGGAUAGUUGGAGGGCAGGCAGUUACAAAAGGAAGCUGGCCUUGGCAAGCGUCGAUUUUGUUAACUCUACCUACAGGGAUAGAAGAACCUUUUUGUGGUGGAACAUUGAUAGAAAGUCAGUGGGUUCUGACAGCAGCACACUGCUUCGACAGGUUAAAAGAUGUGUCGAGUGUCCGUGUCAGACUGGGUGACUUUAAUAAGGAUGUUCACGAAAGUCAAGAACAGGAAUUUAGCAUCAUGCAGCUAAUUAAACACAACUGGUACAGAAUUGGAAGACAUCCAGCUGAUAUAGCACUCAUUAAGUUGGAUAGACCAGCCGUGACAACUAGAUACGUGCAGAAUAUUUGUUUACCAGGUACAGACACACGUCCAUUCAAUGGUAGCGACUUCUGUUAUGUGAGUGGAUGGGGAGAUACUAGAGGUACAGGCAAUAAAAGUAUAAUGCAGCAAGUAAGAGUGCCAAUAUUUUCAUAUACUGAUUGUCGAAGUAAAUAUGGGACAGACUUGCCCCCCGGUAUGAUAUGUGCUGGAUACGAAAUGGGAGGAAAAGAUGCAUGUCAGGGAGAUUCCGGAGGACCAUUAAUGUGUAGACGAAAUAAUCAGUGGACAAUAGCAGGGGUUGUAUCCUGGGGAGAUGGAUGUGGCCGUAUGAAUAAGCCGGGUGUUUAUACUGAAGUAUCAACUUACUUAAAAUGGAUACUCAAUAUUCUCCACCCUCCUCCAACAACUUCGGUCAUAUCACAGGCAUUUGGAUGAAUAAAAAAGACGAAGAAACAAAAGAACUGUUCGCAGAAAAAGAACUUUUUAUUUAUAUAUGGUCCAUCAAAAUAACACACAUCCCAACCAAUAUAUAUGUAUUCCAACGCAUAAAAUGUUAUUAUCAAUUACACUUUUUGUAAAAUUCUUAAGACAUAUUUUAAAUUCUUAUCUUUGGAAUACUUUUUAAGUACCGAGUAUAUCAUCAAAUGGAGAUAUAACAGUGUAUACACAUUUUAUUAAUACAUCUAUGUUUGUAAAUAAUGACAUUCAGUUUCAUAGUCAAAAAAAUAUUGAUGUCAUUUGGUAGUGUUAAACAUAUUUUUCUGUCAAUUGGGGAAAAAAAAAUCCGCUUCAGAAAAUAUUACCAUUUAAUCCUGACUGAUAACAACACAACUGUACAAUCGUAGUGUCACUUUUGAUGUGUUUGUUUUAACACCUACUGCAGAAUGUCUUGUGACAUUCAAAUCUGUAUUUCAUUGUAUGAAUCUCAUAACUGAUUAUGUUUUACUCUAUUUUUGAUAUGACAAUAAAAAAGUUAAAAGGUA